UGGAUGUCCCAUGGCGUGAGGGGCCCCACUUGACUGUGAAAGUCCAACAAAUUGAUGCCCAUGAUUACUUGAUUUGACCGAGCUGCGGUCCGAACGCAUUACAUGGCAGAGGCAGUCAUCUUCCCCUUCGUCUGUCUGUCUCGAUUUAUUCCCAUCACAGCUGCCUGAAAUCUCCACUAAAUCCUUCCCCCUUCUCAACCUUGUUCUUCCUCUGCCUCCUUGCUCCGUUUCAAGAAAUGGAGUAAAACCCAAUUGCCAGAGCACCUUCAGCAUCUGGGCACCUUUGAAUCUGACCCGAUGGAGGAUCUAAAGAUGGAUAUUGAAGAAAGGAUAUGCACAGAAAUCUGGCCAAAACCUUCUUCCCAGAACAAUCUAGCGAAACAAGUCAACCAAACUCAGCCGUCUUUCUCCAAUUUCGGUCUGCAGAAAGAUCAGUCCCCGUGGGAAGACUCUUCACUUAGAGACCAUGGCGUGAGGAUCGGCCCUCCAUUUUCAGAAUACAACCAGGCUUCGGAUCAGAUCCGCUCCUCCCUUCAGUCCAAUAACAGCAAAAACAGCAACCAAGAUGGGGGAGUUCAGCAAACCAACGAAUCACUUCAAAUCGGCAAGGCCCAAGAUUGGGAUCCUCGAGCAAUGUUGAACAACCUUUCGUUCUUGGAGCAGAAGAUCCAUCAAUUGCAGGAUCUGGUGCAUCUCAUUGUUGGCCGAAGAGGCCAAGUUUUGGGACAGAGUGAUGAUGUGGUGGUGCAGCAACAGCAGCUCAUAACUGCUGAUCUUACAUCAAUAAUCGUCCAGCUGAUAUCUACUGCAGGAAGUCUCUUGCCGUCGGUAAAGCAUAAGAUUGCAGGACCUAACCCUCCACCAAUUGGACAUCUUGGGCAGCUCGGUGGAAUACUAUAUAAUUCUGGGGUAGGUUCGAAUGCAGCAAAUGCAAAGCAGAGCAGUGGAGGAAGCCAAAAAGUUCCCGAUCAGCCCAACCCGGUGGAUCCCGCAGGUGAUACUGAUCGUAGUUACCCUAUUGAGGAGCAUGAUUUGAAAGAAGAAGAUGAUGCAGAUGAAGGGGAGAAUCUACCCCCUGGUUCCUACGAGAUUUUACAGCUCGAGAAAGAAGAAAUCCUCGCUCCUCACACCCAUUUCUGCACGAUUUGUGGGAAGGGAUUCAAGAGGGAUGCUAAUUUGCGAAUGCAUAUGAGGGGUCAUGGAGACGAAUACAAGACCCCAGAAGCACUCGCAAAACCGAACAAAGGGAAUAAUUCCGAGACAAUGCUUCUUAAGAGGUAUUCCUGCCCUUUUGCAGGCUGUAAACGGAACAAGGAUCACAAGAAGUUCCAACCUCUGAAGACUAUCUUGUGUGUCAAGAACCAUUACAAGAGAACCCACUGCGAUAAGAGCUACACCUGCAGCAGAUGCAACACGAAGAAGUUCUCGGUGAUUGCAGAUCUCAAGACUCACGAGAAGCACUGUGGGAAGGACAAGUGGCUUUGUUCCUGUGGGACCACAUUCUCGAGGAAGGACAAGCUAUUCGGGCACAUUACUCUGUUCCAAGGUCACACUCCUGCAAUCCCCUUAGAUGAGAAUAAAGGAGCAGCAGGCCCGUCUGAGCAAGGAGAAACAGCUCAUGGAGAGAAAAGUAAGGUUGCUCAAAACAUAAGUUUCAGUUUCGACUCGGGUUCUAAUAAUGGAGGUGGGAUCCAAGAUAUGAUAGAUAUGAAAAGCACUAUUGAUGAUCCUUCUGGCUGCUUUUCUCCCUUAAACUUUGAUUCGUGUAGUUUCAGUGGGUUUAACGAUUUCACCCGAGCUGCUUUUGAUGAUUCGGAUGGUGGGUUAUCAUUCUACAUUCCUGGGUCUUGUAAUUAUGAUCAGAAAAAUGGAGGGCAAAGUAGUUGUAGCAAUCUAGAGUGACUUAGAACUAGUUAGAGGCAUCAAGGCCAUAUAAUUAAUUUGUUUCACAAUUGCAGAAUGUGGUGUCAGCUGUUAUUUCUUGAGCUUAAAUAAAUGAUUUUCUUUUGGUAUAUCUAAUAAUAAUCUUCAUUCUUUAA